GCCUCUUCCUAAAUGCAAAUGGCGCCCUCCUUAGACAUCGAAAAUAAAACAAAAACUUUGUCAGACACUUUUUCAAAUACACAAAGUGAUCUUUGUCAAGCAUGUGGAGCUUCCCGACUUUAAACAUUUGAUUGAACACUUUUAAAUGGUGGAGCCCAUGACCAAUAAGCGUGGUUAUCAACCUGGAAAUGGAUAAAUGUGUGCAUGUUACAAAGCUUCGCCCAGGCUGGGAUCACUCCAUUUUCAUUCCAGAAAAAUGGCUGUGUUACAUUUGCCAAACAACAGAAAGUGUUUGGGCAUGUUUAAGCUGUCCGGUUGUGGCCUGUGGAAGGUUUAAUGAGAAGCAUGCCUUGCACCAUUACCAGGAAAGUCAGCACCCGAUUAGCAUUGAAGUGAAUGACAAAUAUGUAUACUGCUAUGCCUGUGACGACUAUGUGCUCAAUGACAAUGCUGCAGGGGACAUCAGGCUCAUUCGUACAGCCCUGGGUGCCAUUGCCACCCAGAAGUUCACGCAUAUCAGUGUCCGUGGGCAACGACUGCUGCGGUCCUAUUCACACUCCGGUGUAGUAGAGAGGGAGACAACUGAUGAGGUAGACAAAAAUGCCACUGCUGACUGGCAUUACAGGCGGCAACUGUUGGCCCAUGUCUGGUUGGCGUGGCGAUCCUGGGUCCAGCAACACAAGUCUGCCCGCCAGGUGACCCCAGGUGUGACCCCUGGGAGGUCUGAGAUGAGGGCAUCUAUGCCCAGCUCUUUGCUGCUGAAGAGGAGCAUCAUACCUGGGGUCACUGGUCUGCGCAACCUGGGAAACACGUGCUACAUGAACUCUGUACUCCAGGUGCUGAGCCAUAUUGAAUCUUUCCGUGACUUCUUUCUGAAGAUGAACUACAGUUUUGAUGCAAGCCUUGAUGGUUCCCCAAACGUGAAGCAAGCAGUCCCAGAAUCCUCUACUGCUGCGCUGACUGGGUCUGAACGGUCCAUGAGGUCUCGAGGCUUGGAAAGGGUUUCCACCAUCGACUGUUACCAACAUCUGAUGAGCGUCAAGACACCUACACCGCCCCGUAAGAAGGCUGCCGGGGGCCUCAAUGGGGGCUCUGCCCAGUCCUCCUCCCUUCCCCAGUAUCUGAUCUGUGAUGUAGAGUCACCAGGCAGCAAGGGAACCAAUGUGUCUCUGUGCGGGGAACUCCACGGCCUGCUGCGUGUGCUGUGGUCAGGCAGGUGGGCCCAGGUGAGCCCGCACGCCUUCCUGCAGGCAGUCUGGCAGGCCAUACCCAUGUUCAAGGGAUACGCUCAGCAUGAUGCACAGGAAUUCCUCUGUGAGUUACUGGACAAGAUACAGCGUGAUCUGGACUCCAGCCCUGGCAGCAGCAGGGAGACUAAAGUUCUCACAGACCUCUUCCAGGGUCAACUGGUUAGCAAGGUGACAUGUCAAGCCUGCCAGAACGUGACUAGGACAUGUGAACCGUACAUGGACCUGUCCCUGGAGUUCCCUGACCGCUACCAGAUCACCAAACAGAACAGCCGCGUGGCCGAGGACAUAUGUCACAUCACUGAGAUGCUGGCCAAGUUCACAGAGGAGGAGCUUCUAGAAGGAAGUAUCUAUGCCUGUGAGAAGUGCAACCAGAAUCGCAGUUCCUGUGAAGGCAGGGUGUACACGGAAGCAAAGAAACAGCUGCUGAUUGACAAACUGCCUCCAGUACUUCGACUGCAUCUCAAAAGAUUCAGAUGGUCGGGUAGAAUUCACAGGGAGAAGAUCAGCACCCACGUAGCUUCAGACGAGGUUCUAGACCUGGGCCCCUUUCUGUCCUCAAGGACAGGGGCAGGGGACCUCUACCAGCUGUUUGGGGUCAUCAUUCACCACGGCAAGGGCUUUGGAUCAGGGCACUAUACGGCAUACGCUUGGAAUCAUGAAGCGGAGUCCUGGGUGAACUGCAACGACUCUCGUAUGGUACUGUCCAGUCUGGAGGAGGUGCUCACAGCCCAGGCGUACAUCUUCUUCUACCGCUGCCUUGCCCAGUCCCCCUGUACUCCCCGUAAGCCCCCCUGUCUCCUCUCGACCUCCUGCUCUGUGAGCAGCAUGUCCAGCCUGAAGUCAGUGGACACUGUCAUCAUCUCAGAGUCACAAGACUCCCAAUCCUCUCCAUCCGCCAUGAAAUCAGUCUCACAGUCAUCAACAUUGUCACAAAACCAUCCUUACUUGCUUGGUCUGCUGAGAAGGAACACCACAUCUCCAAUGUCCGGCUCUUUGUCUAGCAGUCCAGACAUGCCAAGCAUGUUCUCGGCAGCCACCCUGAAAUACUCUCUGAAAACUGAUGGAACUGAACUGUUGCUGGCCAACUCGCCUAACUGUGAUAUAUCAAUGCCUUCAGAUACUUCUGUACAUUUCAUCGACAGAGAAGUUUCAUUCAAUUUCAGAAACUCACCAAAUGCAAGUGCUCAGGAUUCUAACAUAAGUGCCUCUGUCUCGAGUCCAGUAACUCGGGGUAGAAAAAGACGGUCUUCUCUGCAGGGCUCAUCUCCCAUUCCUGAUGUAAAAAAAUGUAAAACACCUCAUCUGCCGACAGAUGCCUUUUAUGGAACACCUAUUGAAAUGUCCAAGAACUCGUCAGAAUCAAAAGCAGGGUUGAGACGUUCAAAACGAUUGAAUAUGAACAAAUAUAGCAUGGAGAAAUUUGAAGCCUUGUUGACAAAGAUUCAGAAUCACGAAGCGAAAAUCAAAGGCGAAAAUAAGCAUGUCAAAAGAAGAAAGUCAUCAUUCUGGUGAUAGAGCUUGCAAGUUUGAAUGCAGUUCUUGUGCAUUAUUUAAGUGCUAACUUACAACUUUUGUAACUGCAUAAUGCUGGUAGUUAUUAACAUUAGGAUUUUAAUUCCCCUUACCAUUGGGGCCGGUUACUUUGAUCAUUUACGAACCCGGAGUAAAAAAUCUGUGCUUGUUUGUUGUUGUUUUUUGAACGCAUAAAUUACAAUAUUUAUGUUAUUAAAUUUGUACAUUUUUCAUAUGUAAGUGCUUUAUUUAUAUAUAAUUUUAAGCAAUUGAUACAAAGUAUUCAGAAAUAUAUUAUUUGUUGAUGCUCAGUUCUAAUUUUUUAAAGUAUAAACAUUUAUAUAAACGCAAAUGAUAUAAAAUCUGCAAAAAAGACGCCAGAGUAAUCUCACAAGAUAAGACUUGCUAUAUGGGCUCCCAGUAACUUUACACAAGUUCUUGCCGUCAGGAACUUCAACCUGGGAUGAGAAAGCACGGUCUUCUUAAUUUAAACUUUUUAGGCAUAUUAAGGGCUUCAUCUUGAUCAUACCUUCAUAAUGAUUGUUUUAUACAACAAGACAUGUGUUCUCAUGGUUGUAUCAUUUCAUGACAUGCAUUCACAUUUGUCAUUAUGGAAGUUUGCUAAAGUAAAACUGUGUAUUUGAUCUCAGUCGGGGACCACACUGUGAAAUCUUAGAUUCUCUGUUUAUUGUUAACGCAAAACCAAUUUAUAUUCUAGUUAUAUUAUGUGCAUGGCAAUCUUUAUGUACUUGGUAUUUAUAAAAAAAUUGCAACAGUUAUAAUCAAUACAACAGAAACAACCAAUCACCAAUAUGCCUGUUGGUAUUUUACCAGAGUCAGCUAGCUCAGAUGCACUACAAAUGCCAGGUUGACCAGUUCAAUCCGUGGUUCAAGCCACAUUACUGUGGGGGGGAUUGUUAGGACUGUAGUACUGUUGAAAAAGGAAAAAUAAAACAACUUAACACACAACUUAACAAAUAAGAAAAACAUAUAUAGAAUUGUACUUAAGAAUUUUUCAAGCUGGGAACUUUCUUCCACCUUGCCGUUUCAGAUAGAAUAUUUUAGUUGGGUUGUGAGUGAUACAUGUAUUUUUCACAAAGUUUAACAGGAUAAAAGUGUACAGAGCAAAGAAGUGCCAUAUGCACAAGUACAUGUAUGUUGCAUGUAAACAACUGGUAAUUAUCAUGUUAGUUAACAAUGUUCAAAAAUCAAUUCAAUGUGUAAAUGUGUUUUUUGUUUACAUGUUUAUUGAAUACCUCAGGAAUGAAUCAUAAUGCAUACAUGAUUUUUUGGUCAGUGUUUGCUGUAGUUCUCAUCGCUGACAUAUUUUGGGACCUCUUAACACAUGUUUCAAUUAUAUUAUAUUAUGAUAUGAAUGUUUAAUAUUUGUUUGUGUCAGAUUGGCAAAUGUCACUAAUGAUCUUGUUUUCUAUUCUUAAGCAGUGGAUUGUCUAUACUUUCCCUGUUGUAGUUUGUUAAAUAACCCAUGGGGUUCGAGCAUAAUACAUGUAUUGUAGUUAACAAGAAGUUCUUAUGGUAUGAGAUCUGUAAUAAAGUUUGUGUAACGUCCCCUCAUUUCAUUAAUGACCCUCACUCCAAACUUUUGCUGAAUGCUUAGAGCUACACAAAUUCAUAGAAAACUUUUAUGUUCAACAUUUGUAUUUUCUUUCUGUCAAUUGUAUAAUUCUUUUUUCAAUGACUUAUGUGAAGAGAGUGGUAUUUCUUCUGGUAUCCCAUGGGGAGAUAACAACUCAUGUGUGCUUAUAUUUUCUUUAUCCCUCUUGUUUCAUUUUAUGUACUAUCAUCAUGCGUGCAUAUUUGCAUUGAAAUUACCAUGUAAGUCUUGCUUGAUCAAUUUUCAUGUUCAUAAGAAUGAAAUUUAGAAAUAAAUAGUUCAGAAGAAAAAGGGAAUGUAAAAAAUAGAGGGUUGACAAAAUACGACGCCUAAAAUCCUUAAUUUUAAGGUAUUUUUUUCUUUGAUUUUAUUUCCACACCAAUAAUGUUAUAUCUAAAGACAGAACAAACAAAUCAAACUGUCACAUUACAGUUCUUAUACCUUAAAAACAAGCAUGGCCAUCAUCAGGCAACAAAGCUUUCUUAAUAAAUAUUUCUUCCUGGAACUUGUGGAAUAAAAUCUGGAGAUUCUCUUGUGUUUUUGUACCCAUGUAUUAAUUUAUUCUUAAAAUAUGUAUUAACUUAUUUAAUUCCUUCAUACAUGUGUUCUUACAACAGUUAAAUUUUGAUUUCUUAACAUUUUUUUUUGUAAGCUACAGGUAUUGAGUUAAUACAACAGAAAAUGUUAUUAGAUGUCUUAUUUUUGCAAUAAACAUUCUGAUUUUGGAA